UAUAUGCAAAUAUAUAAGUCUACAAGUCAAACAAAGAGACACCACCUAAAAUUGGCCUUUGAUGGCCAGCCUUGUUUGGUCCUAACACUGUUACUGCUACUACUACUACUUCUAUCAUUAAUGAUGCCAUAUGGUUUGCAAUGCCCUACCGCUGUACUUAGCAACGAACUUGCUCAUUAUUUAUGAAGCUUCGUCUAAUUUGAUCUAAUAUCAAUUCAGUAUAACUUGUUUGCCUUACAGGGAAGAUGGUGAGCGGUGAGUGGCUGUAUGCGGGCCGUUCGGGCGGAGGCCAUCAUUAGCCUCUUAGCACCAUCUGCAUUGUGGCAAUCUCCUCCACUAACGGACGGAGCCGGUAAGCCCGACAUCAUGGACAACCGCUAAGCACUAAACGGCUUCGGCCACCCCAACCACCAGCGGCCCUCCCUACAGCUCCCUCUCUCUCAACGAUUACAAUUAGAGAUAACUAUUUUAACAACAACAAUAACAACCAACGACAAUAACAGCAACAACAACAAUAACAACAACAACAACAACGACGACGACGACGACAAAAAUAGCAACAGCAGCUGCAACAGCAACAACAAGAUAGCGACAAGACGAAGUUCAGUUAAGAACAACAUUGACGAAGAUACGACAUCAGUAUCAGCAAAGCAAAACUCAGACUUAAGAAGAGCUGCAACGACGAUCGAGCAUUCAACAGCAGCGAAGAGAACAAUGUUAUACAACAUCCACAUCAUCGAAGUUAAUUUGUGACAUCAAUCAAUCAGUUGAAUUAACUAUCGGAAGAUCAGCCUUUACUUAUGUCUUCAACUGGCAAGCGUUCAACUUUGAAUCGAGCGUUGAACCAUCAUAACUAAGCGUGCGCGUGCAAUUUGUAACUUCGCCACCGUAUCAUUUUCAGAACUGCUGUUGCUAAUGUCUUGAACAAACGAGAACAACGAGCGACUUCAGCCUCUCACAGGAUGAAACAGGGCAUCUCACUUUUCAAACUUGCAAAUCAUUCAUUUGAACGUGAUUUUUGUCAUCCGGACAUCCAAUGAAAAGCCGCAUGUUCUCGUGACUUUAUCAUUAGCUCGAAGAUUAGUUUAGCGUGCAGAACAAUUUAGUGUGCAACUAUCCUCUUUCGGUGGCUGCGUUGUUCGUAUUUAAGAGUGAAGCGUCCAAAACAAUCUGAGCCAAGUGAAAUCAGGCCAGAUUCAAAGGGCUGUCCCUACGAUUGGCUUUGAAGUAGCUCGCUAGAAGCAGAAGCUGGAAAAAGGCGAACAAUAAAAAACGUGGGUCGACACAGAGUACGUCAAUUGCCCCGCUGUUUAGAUGAAGUACCAUCAGUUGGCUUCUGUGUCUACUCCGGCCGCUGUCUCGACGUGGUUUCAGGACGAGCUGGUCAACCGGGGCGUAGACGCAGCCUAUACUUACUACGUUUUAUCGCUGUUGAAGGAACCCGACGGCGACGACCAAUACUAUUACUGUCCUUCAACGAACGCAAACAAGACUCCAUAUAAUCCGCAGGCAACGAAACCCGAGCGGCGUAGACUGCUAGCUAAGCGGUGCGCCAUCGAGUGCCUCAAAAGUGCGGCAGACUCAAACGAGGAGUUUGACGCCCUGGUGGAAGAAUUACUUGCGCGUCUCGAGCCCACUGAGGACGCUGAAGCGGACCAAAACGAUAACCAACGAACACCAACAAAGAAGACCCCGCUAACAGGCGAUAACCGAAGACAUUCGGUGGCUAGAGAUCGGCUGGACGUAGACAAGGAGCCCCGUACGUUGGCGGAACUUGCCAAGAAAUAUUUUGACGCAUUUCCUGCCCUGCAGGUGGACGAACGACCUUUAGUGAGUAAGACAAACGGCACCGAUAGCAUCUCAAAGGAACAGGAUCUACUGAGAGAAGAGCAGCAGCACCAGCAGCAGGGUGUUUUUAAAGAACAGCGUAAGCGAAAGAAGAAUAAACGCAAGAGUUUCUCACCAGCCCUAGGCCUCGCGGACGAUUUCAAAGGAUUAUUUAAGAUUGAUCGUACUAAAAACAAAGGCUGGGGACAAUCGCCGGGACAUCUUAAAGCGAAACCUGAUUCAAUAUCAACGGGAGCUACAGAUAAAAUAACUACUUUUAGAAGUACAGCCAACAUUCACGAAACCGAUAUGGGGUCAAUCGUACGAGAGGACGCACUGCUUUCGCGUCUCACCCAAAAAUUCGAUUCGAAGCUUGCAGCCAUCUGGGCUGAUGCGCCGACUGUUGAUCACCAAUCAUCCCUAUGGAAGAUAUCAUUGGACCUUGGAGGGAAACCCGGUGGACGCACAGGGGCCGAUCGAGCCUGUGACGAGGUUAUUUUUAGCAUCCCAAACUUGUCAAUCUUCAGUAAAAUCCUCGAGGACGAUGAUGAUUCAACGAAUAACGUUGUAAAGAGCCAGUAUAAUUGUAGUACGGGUACCGGCAUCAUCGGGUCGGAUUUCAUCUCGGAACAGAUUUUCGAAUCACACCCGCCUCCAACUAUUUGUUUAAAGAAUUCGGCACUCAACUACGACAAAGACAAGACAGCUUUUACUGAGGUGAUCCCAACACGCAAGUUUAGCGCAGCUAACCGAAUCUUGAUGGGCGUCGAGAGAAGUGUACACGAUAGUCAACAUACGCAGUAUCAUUCCAUCGGCGGAAACCCUUUGGGACCAGGCGUCGCUGGGGGCACAUCAGCAGUUGUGUCCGCAGCUAGUAGCGAUCCUGCCAUCGACAGCAAUAGCAGCCCAUCUACCAUCGACGACGCUGAAGAUUUGCUCGUGUCCCCGCGGACUCACUUCACACCGAUCCGUGUGGAACCCGAGCAGGCGAACCUCGACGACGAAAACAGACCGCCCUCUUCAUCUCUAGCAGAGCUCGCUUCGUACCACUUGCUGCCGGAACCGCCCCGACGUCACCAGCACCAACAACAGCUGCAUCAUGCCGCCACCUCAGCUGCCAGCCACACGGCGCCUGCUGUCACCGCUUCCAAGGUCUCUACGUCUUUGAAAAACAUCGCUAACAGCAGCAAUACUAACGGCAGCGUUUGUGCUGCUGCUGCUGGCGGCACCACCAAGCAACAGCGCUCUCUGCUUAAACAACAACAAAAAUUAAUUCUACAGCAACAGGAGCUGCACAAACAGCACCAGCUGCAAGCUACAGCACAAACCAACCUAACUAAAGUGACCUCAAAUCAAAAACAGGUGCAAAAGCUGCAGCAGCAAUACCAGCAGCAGCAGCAGCAGCGGAGGCAGCAGCAACAGCAGCAGCAACAGCAACAGCAG